AAUGGGCCUCAGUCUAACGUCUGAUUCAAAAUAAACAUGCGAUGUCAGAAUAGAUAAUUACAUGACUGCCAAAUAACCUUUAAUUUUUAUAACUAAUAAAGUAUUCAAUAAAGCAAAUAAAAACUACUUGAUUUUUCUCCUAGGUCGCUCGACAAAAUGCCCUGGAGAUUACUCUGCAUAUCUGGAAGAAUCUGGUUCUUUCCCGGAACGAAAGGGGAACAGUGUGUUCCAUGGAACUCAUCAAGGAGUCAACUUCAGGACAAGAAAGUGAAGGAGGAAUGUAGCCCAGAAUAGCUCUGCGCCAGCCUUGUUUCGGUGGAUUGAAGAAAGACUCACUUAUCUGCGUAACGAUAAAUGGGCAUUUUGUUGAUGGAGCCUUUUCAUUUAAAGUGGAAUAAUAUUUUAUCUAAACUGCUUUUAAUGGUAAUCAUUGCUCUCUAACGUUCCUACUGUACCUCAAGUGUGCUGCGUUAACCUGUUUGGAUGGAGGUCUCUGAGCUCCGGAACGUUUGUGAAGAGUUUGAUGCGGGUGGGACGCUGAUAGCUGUGGGAUCGAAGAUGGCGACUUCGGGGAGUGAUUGUGAUUUUCCUUCACCAAGCAGCAAAAGUGCGUCGGAGACUCCGCAGAAAGUGCGGCAACUGCUGUCCGACAGCAUCGCAGAAACCGAUCAGUCAAGUUCCAUCCUUGAAUCACCGGAUGACAGUGAUUUACCAGGAUUGCCCGUUCCUUGUGACUCGGCUAAUAAAGAAGCUUUUUUCUCACGGGUUGAAACUUUCACAUCAUUCAGGUGGGCUGGGAUGUCGUUUGAGCUCUCCCCUUUACAAUGUGCUAAGUAUGGCUGGACCAAUGUUGAGUGUGAUAUGUUGAAGUGUUCCAGUUGUCAAGCUUUCCUGUGCGCGACUCUGCAUCCAUUACUGGACGUCAAUAAAUAUAAAGAAAGGGUCGCUGGGCUGCGGGAUAGUUUGAAAACAGCGCACGAGAAGUUCUGCUUCUGGCCUGACAGUCCCUGUCCAGAUCGUUUCUGGGCUUUACCUCUGAAUGAACCAGCAGCCCUCCUUCAUGGGAUGGUGGAGCGGUUCAAGAGUCUGUGCUUGCUGGAUGUCCAAUUACCGGUCCUCAAACAGGAUGACCUCAAAGACAUGACCAUCAUGGAAGAAACCAUCAGUGUCCUGUUGCAGUUGAUAGAAGAUGAAUUAAAGUGUAACGCUACGGGAGACAGUCCUGUGCUGAAAAGCAGUGGGGAUCUCCUUUCUGUCCAUGUUUCAGCCUGUAUCCUUGCUCUGUCUGGCUGGACUGCUGGACCUUCCUCAGAUUUCCAUCAACUGCCAGUUAUCACCUGCUCCUAUUGCAUGAGGAAGGUGGGCCUGUGGAGUUUUCAGCAGAUUGACACCGUUUGCUCAGCGAAUGAUCCUGACAACCCUGUGUGUGGUACCUCUCCACAGGAGAACAAAUCAGAGGCGUCAAUGCCAACUCCCCCUGCCAUGUCUCCCCGUAGGAUGAUUACACGGAGCCAGGAUGCUGCCCAGAUACAGACCAAUGAACAGCAUGAAACCAGCCCUUUGCCUAUUGGGGCUCGGACACGGAGUCGAGAUGCCCACAGCCCUACUCUGGUCGAUCGAAGUGAGCCAGAAACCAUCAGUCCACACCAGCGGAAUAAGCGGCCUGUGACUCGAAGCAUGGGCCAGGGCGAUGUACCCUCCAGCCCACAGAGGAAGCCUAAGCGUCUGCGCCUGUCUUCAUCUACCAGCUCUGAUAGUAACCGGGGAUACUUCAACCCUGUCUCCCAGCACAGGGAUUGGUGUCCAUGGAUUAGAAGAGAACUAAAACCAGGAGAUAAGCUACACAGCCCAGAGCCAGAGGAGCAGGGCUUGACCCUUGGGUCACCUGAGAAGACAGAGCCAGGGUGGAAGGCAGUAAUUGAGGUCCUGUUGUCACUGAAAGGAUCUUGCAGCCCAAACGAGGGCUUGGACAGCAUUUCUCUUUCAGAAAAAUCGAGCAAGGUGUUCCGAAUAUUCCGACAGUGGCAAGUCCCGUGUUCCCUAUAGUGAGAGUCUUCCUUUAGAGGCGCUGGAGGUGCAGCAUCUUUAACCAAAAAAGGGAGAAGUAAAUGUCUAACCUUUGCCUGGUUUUGUCUCCUUCCAUUUCCAACGGAUUGGGUGAUGUUAGUUUUGAAUGCUUACAGCCUGGAUGGGCUUGAAAUCUCUUUGUACCAACUGACAGAUUAAAACGAACUCCAGGUUUCUUAGAAACAUACAAAUGUCUUUUCAAAUAAAGCAGCAAAACUUGCAAAAAAGAA